CAUUUUUGUUUCUCAGCAUGAGCGAAGCUUAGUGCGAACAGUUGCAUGAUUUGUCCGCACUGAAGUCAUGUGCGAAUGAUUAACGAGUUGUUAAGAUUGUAACAAACAGAAUAGAGAUAAGAAGUAAGUCCAAGAGGAAGCCGUAGACGAAUUCCUCCGCCGCAUUUACCCACACCCCAGAGUAGCGCGAGCGGCACGCACUGGUCCAAGUGGGGGCUAUAGGCGUUCUUUCUUUCUCCACACGUCCCCUGUGCAGAGGUGGUAUACUGUAUUAGAUGCCUCCCAUAAACUCAGCGUGCUUGCAAGCUGUUCCAGCGCCAAACUGCUCCUCAACGCCGAGACGUAUGUACAUAUAUUCUCCGAGCGUGAUGUUGCAGGAGGAAGCCAUGAACAGCGUCGUUGACACCUUACUAGUUCCGCAUUGCACAGUGACAAGCAACAACGACAGUCCUCUGAGCGCUGCCACUAGUCCACCUCUUCAUCACGCCGAUCAGUCCGCAGCUGACAACAACUCGCCGACGUACGGACUUCGGCGCCGCUCUCGACUCGGACAGUUGAACUGCGGACAAGUGUUCGAUUGCAGUUCUCUGCGGGUGACUGAUCAGCAGCAGCAGCAGCAGCAGCAACCGUCGAUGACGCUGACCCCGACUAGCAAGGACUCAGCUAAUGAGUGGGAGCAUCCGACAACGUCCUCACCUGUCCAGCACGGCUCGUUGUGCAAUAGAACAACGGCAGAGUCGGACGCCGACAGCCUGCUAUCCUUUCAAGCCGGAACCAGAACGGGCUACCAAAGUGCCUUCCAUCCUCGUGAAGCCAGUAAAACGGACAAGGGAGGAGCGAAGAAACGGUCGUCUCGCAGAAGCAUAGGAAGCAUGCCAUCGCCUUCAAAGAUACGCCAGGCUCCGAUACAACCGUACCAUAACAAGUUCAGUGAAGACAUCAGCAAGGAUCUCUACAGCUGGUUGAAUGCUCAUUUAGAGUUCCCAUAUCCUACUGACGAGCAGAAAGCUGAGCUGUGUAAGCGCACAGGACUAAGCAAGUUGCAGCUUCGUUACUGGUUCACCAAUGUCAGACGACGGACACUUCCUUCGCUGAUACAGUCAUGCAAUGAGGAUCGUCAGCGGAAAGGCAUGACCGUGAUCAAAAGCCGAUCACGCUGGGAGAGCGAUCCCCGCCAGCCCCCAAGCAAGGAUGGUGGUGGCAUCCACAAUGGAAACCGACACGUCCGGAUGCCCGACAUUCCACAGGUGUACGGCGGAACUUUGGACAGUGGCACGGCGGCUACCAGUGAGAAGUACAACGGCCUUUGGAGCUACUCUGUGCAACCAAUGCCAGCAUCGUCGACGUCCACUGCAGCAACAAGCACGGCAAACACUGGCGACAAGCUCAGCCAUCCGAACACUCCCAUGGCAUACUGCCAGCUGCCCCCGUCCCAGCCGCUCUGGCACACCGCAUCUGUUGCAGUUGCCCACGUCCGCAAUGCAGUUUAUCCAGGUAUGGCGUACGAUGGCCUAACUGCCGCAGCAACUCCUGGCUACAAUUCUGCACAAAGUCACCCACCGCAAACAUCACAGGCCGUACCAAGUAACGGCAGCACGUCGCACUUGGCCCCGAUCGUCUUCACACCGGCGUCGCCUCACGCCCAGCUCUCCUUCCAGGCCCAUGCAUCUGCACUGUACUCGCCGAUGGAGAUCGUGCCGACGGCCGCAGUGCAGUCUAUGGGGUACCCGGCAGCGUACACCUCUCAAUCUCCAAUGGCUCAGCCAAGCAAUGGCUACACCAACUCAAUGCCACCUGCACUCUAAUGUCAGUUUGACAGCGAACUACAAGUACGUUAAUGACAGGAUAUGAGUAACAGGAAACGAAGCUUUCCUCUGAACUAAUUCAAAAAGAAGUAUGUGAUUAUGGGUAUGGUACUUUUCUGGACAGCAUUUAGUCCUUGGGAUCUUCCAAAUAUUAGUAAAUAAGUCUCUGCCGUUCAUCCACGCAUCUUCGGAAAUCUCCAAUGAAUUUAUAACAGAUUUAGCCCUGUGUUCAGCAUGCCACCACAUUUACUUGCUUAUCCAGCUGCACAAAAUCCAAAUAGAACAAAUUUGAGCCCUUUCACCAUGCAUUUAGCAAUAAUUCUUUGUCCACAGUUCUAAUUGAAAAUAUAUUAUUGUAUAUUGAGCAUGCUUGAUCACUUCUUCCUACAUAUUCCCACACUGCCAAAUUUGUUUAUCCCAAUUCAUGUUAGGAAGUGAGAUUUUUUUCUGAUUUUCUUUUUCCAUGUGGGCAUAUGAUGUUUAAAGUGCGA